AUGGCCACGUCUGAACCCAGAGCCACCGGCGGGGACCAGGACCCCAACACCUCCAAUUUAAUACCUCCGUCCACAACUAACGAAUAUGCGUGGAUGCACGGAUGCACACGGAAACUGGGGAUGAAGAUCUGUGGGUUCCUGCAGAAGAACAACAGCAUGGAAGAGAAGGGAAGGCUCACAGGCCAGAAGAAUCUGCUGUCGUGUGACAACAGUGACCGGGAGCCAGGCUUCCGCCACACCGAGACCGACUUCUCCAACCUGUUCGCACGAGACUUGCUGCCGGCCAAGAAUGGAGAGGAGCCCACCAUUCAGUUUCUGUUGGAGGUGGUCGACAUCCUCACCAACUACGUCAAGAAGACCUUCGACCGCUCCACCAAGGUGCUGGACUUCCACCACCCUCACCAGCUGCUGGAGGGCAUGGAGGGCUUCAACCUGGAGCUGUCCGACCAGCCCGAGUCCCUGGAGCAGAUCCUGGUGGACUGCAGGGACACGCUCAAGUAUGGCGUCCGGACAGGUCACCCACGCUUUUUCAACCAGUUGUCCUCUGGUCUGGACAUCAUUGGUCUGGCUGGAGAGUGGCUCACCUCCACCGCCAACACCAACAUGUUCACCUAUGAGAUUGCUCCAGUGUUUGUGUUGAUGGAGCAGCUGACUCUGAAGAAGAUGAUAGAGAUGGUUGGCUGGCCCAGCGGAGAGGGGGACGGCCUCUUUUCACCAGGGGGCGCUAUCUCCAACAUGUACAGCGUGAUGAUCGCACGUUACAAGUAUUUCCCAGAGGUCAAGACCAAGGGCAUGUCUGCUGCUCCCCGGCUCGUCCUCUUCACAUCCGAGCAUAGCCACUACUCCAUAAAGAAGGCCGGCGCUGCUCUGGGCUUUGGCUCGGAGAAUGUGAUCCUGCUGAGCACAGAUGAGAGGGGGAGAGUCAUUCCUGCAGAUCUGGAGGCCAAGAUCCUUGAUGCCAAACAGAAGGGUUGCGUGCCACUGUUCGUGAACGCCACAGCUGGUUCUACCGUGUACGGUGCAUUUGACCCCAUCAAUGAGAUCGCUGACAUCUGUGAGAAGUACAACUUGUGGCUGCACGUGGAUGGAGCAUGGGGCGGUGGACUGCUGAUGUCCAGGAAGCAUCGUCAUAAGCUCAGUGGAGUUGAGAGGGCCAACUCUGUCACAUGGAACCCUCACAAGAUGAUGGGCGUGCCUCUGCAGUGCUCUGCCAUCCUGGUCAGAGAGAAGGGGAUCCUGGCAGGAUGUAACUCCAUGUGCGCUGGCUACCUGUUCCAACCAGACAAACAGUACGACGUCACCUACGACACCGGGGACAAGGCCAUCCAGUGCGGCCGACACGUCGACAUUUUUAAGUUCUGGCUGAUGUGGAAGGCCAAGGGCACCAUCGGGUUUGAGCAGCACAUUGACAGGUGUCUGGAGCUGUCUCAGUACCUGUACAACAAGAUCAAGAACAGGGAGGGAUAUGAGAUGGUGUUUGAUGGAGAGCCCCAGCACACCAACGUUUGCUUCUGGUUCAUACCACCCAGCCUGAGAGGCAUGCCAGAGGGUGAAGAGCGGCGAGAAAAACUCCACCAGGUGGCGCCGAAGAUCAAGGCCAUGAUGAUGGAGUCAGGGACCGUCAUGGUGGGCUACCAACCCCAGGGCAAUAAAGUCAACUUCUUCCGUAUGGUCGUCUCCAACCUCGCGGUCACCCAGUCUGACAUCGACUUCCUCACCGAUGAGAUUGAGAGGCUUGGUCACGACCUGUAG